GGGUUGGAGUUUCUCUGCGCCGUUUUCGCGGGAAGGGCCCAGGGGCUUCUCACUUCGAGUCGCUGGAGCUGCGGGUCUUACCGGGAGAGACGCCGCACGUGGAGCCCGCGGCGCUGCGGUUUUCAGCCGGCUCUGGACUGCGGGCGGGGGCGACGGGGCCGAAUCCAGAGCGGGGUCAGCUUUUGAAAUACUUCAAUCAUGACGAAAAGAGAAGCAGAGGAGCUGAUAGAAAUUGAGAUUGAUGGAACAGAGAAACCAGAGUGCACAGAAGAAAGCAUUGUUGAACAAACCUACACUCCAGCUGAAUGUGUAAGCCAGGCCAUAGACAUCAAUGAGCCAAUAGGCAAUUUAAAGAAACUACUAGAACCAAGACUGCAGUGUUCUUUGGAUGCUCAUGAAAUUUGCCUGCAAGAUAUCCAGCUGGAUCCAGAACGAAGUUUAUUUGACCAAGGAGUAAAGACAGACGGAACUGUACAGCUUAGUGUACAGGUAAUUUCUUACCAAGGAAUUGAACCAAAGCUAAACAUCCUGGAAAUUGUUAAACCUGCGGAAACAGUUGAAGUAGUUAUUGAUCCAGAUGCCCACCAUGCCGAAGCAGAAGCACAUCUUGUUGAGGAAGCUCAAGUGAUAACUCUUGAUGGCACAAAACACAUUACAACCAUUUCAGAUGAAACCUCAGAACAAGUGACGAGAUGGGCUGCUGCUCUGGAAGGUUAUAGGAAAGAGCAAGAACGUCUUGGGAUACCCUAUGAUCCCAUACAGUGGUCCACAGACCAAGUCCUGCAUUGGGUGGUUUGGGUAAUGAAGGAAUUCAGCAUGACCGAUAUAGACCUCACUACGCUGAAUAUUUCCGGAAGAGAACUCUGUAGUCUCAACCAAGAAGAUUUUUUUCAGCGGGUUCCUCGGGGAGAAAUUCUCUGGAGUCAUCUGGAACUUCUUCGAAAAUAUGUAUUGGCAAGCCAAGAACAACAGAUGAAUGAGAUAGUUACAAUUGAUCAACCUGUGCAAAUUAUUCCAGCAUCAGUGCAGUCUGCUACACCAACAGCCAUUAAAGCUAUAAAUAGUAGUGCAAAGGCAGCUAAAGUACAAAGAGCUCCAAGGAUUUCAGGAGAAGAUAGAAGUUCACCUGGGAACAGAACAGGAAACAACGGCCAAAUCCAACUGUGGCAGUUUUUGCUAGAACUUCUUACUGACAAGGAUGCUCGAGACUGCAUUUCUUGGGUUGGUGAUGAAGGAGAAUUUAAGCUAAAUCAGCCCGAACUGGUUGCACAAAAAUGGGGACAACGUAAAAAUAAACCUACAAUGAACUAUGAGAAACUUAGUCGUGCAUUAAGGUAUUAUUAUGAUGGGGACAUGAUUUGUAAAGUUCAAGGCAAGAGAUUUGUAUACAAGUUUGUCUGUGACUUGAAGACUCUUAUUGGAUACAGUGCAGCAGAGUUGAACCGUUUGGUCACAGAAUGUGAACAGAAGAAACUUGCAAAGAUGCAACUCCAUGGAAUUGCCCAGCCAGUCACAGCAGUAGCCCUGGCUACUGCGUCUCUGCAAACAGAAAAGGAUAAUUGAGCCCAGGACCUUUUGGGAGUCCAAGGUCUUUCUUAAAUGUUAGAGCAAGUAUUGCUCUUACCUUUAUUACUGAAUUUGAAUCUUCUUUUAUUUCUAGACUGUACAAUCUGAUGCAUGAUUUUUUUAUAAAUAUUUCAUACUCUUGUGAAUUUGGAUCUUUUUACUUUGAGCAUAUAUUUUAGAAAAUGUGUAUGUUAAACGAUCACCACAAUGUCUUUAGGCAGGUUCAUUGUGGGAUAGUUUGUUAACAGUCAAGAAAGCUAAACUGGUCAGUAUUAAUGUCUAGCCCAACCAAAAAUAGCCAGUAGCUAUUGAUGAAAAAUAAAUGAAAGUAUCUCCAGGAAACAGUCUGGCUUAACUAUUUUUUGAAAAUAUAACUGUUUCCCCUCUCUGCUGCUUUAGAUGUUGCUUUACAUAGAACCAGAAAAUGGAAUUUUUCACAGCUGAAGCAUGUAUGCCUGUUUCAUCUAAUCAAGCAGAGCUAAAAUAGUCAUAUCAAAUAAAAUUAUAAUAUUAAUAAAUUACUAAACUAAGAGCAUCACGUUAUUAAUUUAUAUAUUUGCAAGCAAAGGACAGUAGAAGACUGGCAGAGGAACAGUGCUGAAGAAAGAGAUCCAGGUUUAAAUCUGGCUUUACUCAAGCCAAUUUUAAGGAUUUACUGUAUAGCUAUUUCAUAAUGUCAGGCCAAGAAUUUAAAUUAUUAUAAGAGAGGCAUUAAAUUCUAAUAAACCAACUAUUACAAAAAUUCUCAAAUGAUCUCUGCUUUCCCUAUCAGAGAUUUAAAAAACUGAAAAAGUGUACCUCAACCUGAAAAUAAAAGUUUGGUUUAGUUUGG